CCUGAGUGAGUGGAUUGGGGAAGAUCAGUGUGUUGUUUUGAUCACUUUGGACACUGUGCCUCACACGCUCACCUUGUUCACCUUAUCCGGGCCAGUUGUGCACGUUGUUGUGACAGAGCUGAAUGAGGUAUAGAUAGGACUAAAGACAUGUGUUGGUGUGGUUGACUCUGAGGGGCGACUGAGAGCCCUGAAGGGGCUGAGGGACACUCUGGGACCCCCUGAGCCUCUCGUUCGGGCCACCACCUGCGGAAAGGAGAAGGACGGCAGGCUGGAGGUGGUCCAGCCUCACAGCGACAGAAGCAGGGAAACAGCGCCCCCGUCUGACGGAGGGGGAGCGACGGGAGACAGCACCCCGCUGAGAGAGGCUGGCCAGCCAGCUGACCUGACUGCACACCCGGCAUAUUCGCAGGGUGUUACGGGACCCUGUAGGAGUAUGGAGACCCUGCAGGUUUUUCAGAGAAGCGCAGAUCCACCCACUGCCGCCAAACAGGAAGAGGGGUUGUCCGCACAGGAAGUGCAGAUACGGUAUGGCACUGCUCACUCAGCCUUUCACCUCCAGCUGCAGAGGAACAGCCAGCGCCUGUCAGCCCAGCUCCCCCAGGGCCCUGCCACGCUCCAUGUUCUGCACACGCUCCUCCAAGACCUCCAGGCUCUGAGACGAGAGACAGAGGCCCUGUGGUUUGAGUUUGAGCUGCAGUUCUCUCAGUGCGGCCCACAGAUGGAGGAGGUGGAGCAGAGCAGCCUGAGACGGGAGAGAACGGAGCUCAUCCAGCAGUGGAGAGCACAGCAGAUCUGUUUGCAGGCCAGGGUGAAAACUCUACAGACUGCUGUGACACUGAUGGAACCAGCAGACAUUCAGAUAGCCUUCAUCACUAACCGUCUGGACUACAUUACCCAGAAUCCACUUAACAUUACAGAAUUCACCAUCACUGACUCAGGAACCCUACGUGAGGACCUUAAGCUCCUGGAUGAAAACAUUCAGACAGAACUGGACAGGCUGGCAGGAUUGGAUUGGAGUGACAGCGCUCCCAUGGACCCCAGCACUGAACCUGGUCUGGAGCCGGUCCGCUCCGCCAUCCAGCAGGCAGCCCAGAGCUGCCGGGCCCGUCUGGACCAGCAGAGGAAGCGGCUGAGGAGAACUGACUCGGCUCUGGCUGAACUGGAGCGCUUCCUGGGCUCGCUGCAGCAGGCCGGUUCUGAUCUCUCCCACCUCCUCUCGGCCUCCUCCGCCAUGCAAGAGGACAGCUCCAUGCUGACCCCCAUCCAGCGGAGGGCCCAGGAGGCGAUUGCCGAGGCCCCACGAAUCGACACCAUACUGGGGGACGCUGGGCUGAAGGUUACCCUGGAUGGUGCUCUGGCCUCCGGCCUGGAGGUGGCAAGAGCUCUGGGGAGGCGCGUGGAGGAGGCGCAGGCCCGAGUUUCCCAGCCACAGAGGGGGCACGAGAGAGGAGGACAGAGGGAGGAGCAGAGGGAUGGGGAGAAGGAGCGGGAGUUGAGCCACAGGAGGAGGGCGCUGCAGGACACACUGAAGGAGAUGAAGGGAGGUGCAGAAAGGCUGGGUCUGAAGGAGCCCACACUGCCUGCGCUGCAGCAGAGGUUGCGUACGUUCACGGACAUGGAGAGCAAGAUGGCGGCGCUCCACACAGAGCUGCAGUGUGUGCAGGAGGCGUCUGCGCAGACGACCGGCGAGGACUCAGACCCAGGAGCGCUGCAGACUCAGUGGGAGCAGACUCAACUGGCAGUCAAAGAGAGGUGUGAGCAGUGCCAGUCUGUGAUGGACUUGCUGAAGAAGUUCCAGGGCUGCCGCAGCCGCCUGUGCCUGAUCCUGCAGCAGGCGGAGCAGACGAUCGGUGAGCAGGCCUCCUACAUGGGCAAGGACAACCUGCAGCGCCUCUUCAACAGGGUGACGGGUACUAAGGAGGAGCUGAGUGGUCUGGGAGACGGUGUGGAGGAGAUCAGGAGUGUAUGCAGACAGCUGCAGCACCAACUGAGGGGGAUCCCUGACUGUGCAGACGCCCCGUUUGAGAACGAGGCCGACUCCAUCAUGGACCGCUGGCUGGAUGUGAUGGAGCGCACAGACUGCUACCUGGAUAACCUGCGUGUGGGUCUGGCGCUGUGGGACAAGCUGCUGCUGCUGGGGGAGGAGGUAGAGAGCUGGACUUCCAGGAAGCUGGCCUCCUUCACGCAGCAGACCCAGCCCUUUCAGAGCGAAGGCGAGGUCUACAGCAUGCAGGAGGAGAUUAAGUCUCAGGAGGAGAGUGUGGAGCACUUCCACCGGCGCUCCUGUGAGAUCCAGGGCCUCCUCCUGAGCCAGGAGCCUCCGCUGGAGCUGCAGGUGAUGGAGAGCCAGCUGAGAAAGAGGAUGCAGCAGGUGAAGGAGCUCUUCUGCAUGAACACAGAUGUCUUCAAGGAGCUGAUGGCCGCCAAGGGCCAGGUCAGUGCCAAGAUGGCCGCCUGCAAGUCGGCUCUGCAGAGCAUUCACGAUACACUGAGGAGUCUGGGAACCACAGAGGGACAGCCUCUCCUCAAGAAAAUACAGGAGCUCUCUGGUGAGCUGGACACCCAGGCUCGGCAGGUGGACUGCCUGCAGCAGGAGCUGGGCCUCAUGUCCAGCAUGACCAGCUCACAGACUCUGCAGACGCUAGCCACUGACGGCACACGUCUGCAGGAGAGCGUCUGCGCAGCCAGGGAGCUGCUCAAACAUAGGAGGGUGCAGGUGGAGGUGACUCCGAGGCUGCAGGAGGAGCACAGGGAGUUGCAGGAGUGGCUGAAGGCUACAGAGCGUUGGGCGGAGUCUCAUGAUGGACUGGCUGGGCUUCAGGUGGAGAUGAGUAGACAGAGUGCUCGUGUGGAGGCCUUCCGUGCUCUCGUAGCCUCAGUGCAGGGAGAGGGCUUGGACAACGGCAGCCUCCCGGAAGACUGCCGGAAGGUUCUGGAGCGCCACGACUGUCUCCAGACUCGGCUUCAGAGCUCUCCGCAGGCACAGGAGCCGCUCCCCGGGGAGAAGCGAGACCUCCAGACCCCGGCAGAAGAGACGCAGGCACAGGAGUCGCUCUCUGGGGAGAAGCGAGACCUCCAGACUUGGACAGAGGAGGCGCAGGCACAGGAGUCGCUCUCUGGGGAGAAGCGAGACCUCCAGACUUGGACAGAGGAGGCGCAGGCACAGGAGUCGCUCUCUGGGGAGAAGCGAGACCUCCAGACCCCGGCAGAAGAGAAGCAGGCACAGGAGUCGCUCUCUGGGGAGAAGCGAGACCUCCAGACCCCGGCAGAAGAGGCGCAGGCCUGGAUCGGAGAACUGCGGCAGCGGGUUGAGGCUCUGGGUACAGGCACUCAGGGCAGCCAGGCCCAGAUUGAGGAGAGGCUGCAGCAGGCUAAGGCUGUGCUGGCUCAGAGACAGGAGGGUGACUCCAGGAUUGAGGAGCUGAGGGCUCAGGCUCAGAGGCUGGCCCAGCAGGAGGGCCUGGGCAAAGGCCAGAGCACAGACGUACAGCACCUCGUCCAGGACGCCCUGGCCCAGUGGGUCACCUUGCAGCAGGACACUGAGCAGCUGAGCAGGCUUCUGCAGGGUGUUGUGGAGCGGGCCUCGUCCUACCACUACCAGCGGCAGCAGGCUUGUCUCAGGCUGGAGGAGCUCCAGACCCAGGCGGCCGCCACUCCCCGCCUCUUCCCCUGGCCCGGCGGAGUGCAGAGGCAGCAGGCUGCCGAGAAGGCCAGGGCCCUCCUGGGGAGAACCAAAGUCCUAGGGCCGGCGCUGUCCGCCCUGCGGGCCCAGAGAAAGGAGCUGGUCCGUCUGACGCAGGACCCCAGCUGGACGGAGCCUUCUUGGGCCGUUCUGGAGGAUGGCGCCCCUGACCUGAUCAGAGAGCUCAAUGAGUUGUGCGCCAUGUUGGAGAACAGCAUUCAGAAGGAGAAGAGUUGUCAUGACCUACUGCAGCAGUGUGAAGGAGGCCUGGCAUCACUACCGCAGACAAGACUUCAGGCCACAGAUGCACAGAGCCAGAGGGCUCUCACCAAAGCCCCAAUGGUCUUGCAGCAGGCCAUAGAGAAGGUGGACAGGGACCUCCGGGAGGCCACUGCCCUCUCCUCCUCCCUAACAGAGAGCCUGUCUGCAGAGGGUCAGGCCGCCCUCACAGAACAGCUCCACGCUCUCCAGGACUUACGGGCCGCGCUAGAGAGGCCAACCCAAGACAUGCUGGCCAAUAGAGAAGAGCUGCAGGAUGCUAGCAAGAACCAGAAGUUCCUGGAGCAGACCUCCAGCCUGCAGGGGGAGCUGCAGGGCCUAAACGCUGCUCUCGAGCAGGAGCUGAAAGCAGGGGAGAAGCACGAUGGUGUCAGCCAACUCAAGAAGCACUGGGUCAACCUGAAGGCCUUGGAGGCCCAGCAGCAGGACCUGGUCUUGCAUCUCGAGAAGCUGCAGGACUCUGUGAGGUCAGAGGGAGCUGAGAGGCUCCCGUCAGAGGAUGUGGUCUCAGCCCUGGGCACCCUCACCAAGCAGUCAGUCAGCCUCAGCGUCUCUUUCUCGGAGAGUUUGAGAGUGUGUAAGGAGCGAACGGCUCUCAGCGUCCGAGAGUCCACCCAGGCCCUGCGGCUGUGGAGACAGAGCCAGAGCCAGAGCCAGAGCCAGUCACAGCAGCGCCCGGAGACAGCACAGUCCAUAGAGAUGGCACUGGAGGAGGGUAAGGUGCUGAGAAGGAACCUGCAGGGGGCGCUCUCACAAACAGACUUCCUGAACAGCAGCUUGGGGCAGGAGCUAAUGAAAAGCUUGGAAAGGGCGGGCACAGAUGCGCUGACUGACAGCGCCACUCAGCUCUCGGAUCUAUUUCAGAGCCUUCAGUUGACUAAGAAUCCAGUGGAGAGCACGUCACAGAGCCUGUCCACAAAAACUCCACCUAAAGUCUCUGUGCGACUUACCCCGGGGCAGAAAUCUAUUAGGGGUAAUAGUGCACCAGCCAAGAAGAUGGAUAGGGAUGCACAGCAUAUUGAUGUCAGCUUUGAACUUGACACUACUUUGAGGUCAGGCUGUAUUAGCAAGAUGACUCUGGAGCCACGUGGUCAUAUGGAAGAGACCAGUAGUCCUCCAAAGCCUGUGUUCACCAUUGUCUUGGACACAGACCUUGCUAGGCUAAGCCAUAGCCAACCAGAUAUUUCCAUUUCUGGAUCCGAACAGGCUGUUCCUAUUCACCCUGAUGCUGUGACAACUCAGUGCAGAGAAGGCGCAGAUGUUCCAGAGAGUUCGAAACACCAGGAGGCUCGGGGAAAACAUCCACUUGAAUCUACAGCAGGGCAAGAGCCUGAGCUAAGUCAGAAAGCGAAGCCCCCUUCGCCCAGAAAAGUAGCGACCAUUACUUUGGAUGCAGAAUUAUCCCCAAAUGACACUGCAUCCACAGAACGAUCCGCAAAACAGCCUAAACCUGAGCAGUCAGACUACAUAUCUUCCCAUGAAGGGUUUAGUCCUGAUGAAAUUCAGUGCACCAAGCAAGAGCAUAGCACAGUGGCACCAAAUGAGGAAUCUGCACAGGAUGAAAGGGCCAUGCAAAACAAUGAAAGUUUAAGUUUGCUGGGCCAACACACCAAGUCUAAGACCAAGAAGGUCUUUACUAUAGUUCUAGAUGCUGAUGUGUCUAAGGGUGACUCAAUGGACAGUCAAGUCAGAGAAACUCAAAAGAAAGGGAGCUCUGACAUAUUAAUUUGUCCGUCGGAGAAUAGCUCCAGGGAUCCGCAAAAACAUCCAGCUACCCUAGGAUUGCCUGAACACAUCUGGGCCUCUGCAGCAAACAGUGAUGGAGAUGGAUCCCCUGAGUCGAGGUGCUCCGGAGUGGGCCAUGUUAAAAUGAGGCCCUCUGAGAAUGUGCAGUCAAGAGAUGUUGAACUUGAGCACUUAAAGCAUCUGUCAAAGCCACAGGAUAGGCAACAGUCAGUCACCUCAUUGACCUCUCUGGAAGUGACACACAGCAGCAGUAGGCCUCUCAAAGCUGCCCAAAUGCCCCUGGAGUCCAGAGAGUCUGAGCCAGUAUAUACCACUCACACCAUAGACGUCAGUUCACAGCAAGAAAAAGCCUUGGGACAAUCAAAGAGCAUUGGUAUCAACUUAACAGUUACUAAAGUCAAGCAUCGGGGAAAGAAUGUGGAUAAUGUGAAGUCUGAGAAUGUUGAUGCUAAAGGAACAGGCUUCAGAGAAAGCAAGCCGGACGCGCCGGGUCAGGGACCAUCCGUAAAUGUCAAAGUGGCCAGUGUUUCUGUCAGUCAUCAACCCAAUGCUUCUUCCACCAUUGAUGUGAAAGACACAGUUGACUUACAGACUAGUAGUUCAGAACUGACGCAAAUGGGCACGUUACAGAAAGAAAAACCUGACUCCCAGAGGCAGAUCCACACCCAGCUGCCUGAGGAAAUAUCUGCAGUGACCUCCAAAGCAGAAAUGCACUCCCCGGAGGAUAAGGACACUAAUCUACCAGAGAUAAUCUCAGUCCCUGAGGACGAGACUAGGGCCACAAAGCAGAGAAGAGCACCCACGAAAGACCUGGUUGCCGGAGAUGGGGCAGUAGGCAGUACAGCUGUAAAGUUGCCCGAGGGACAAGAACAUGGAGCAAAUCCAUUUGAUAUUCUGUCUGAUGCUGAACCACUGGUGGAGGCUCACCAUCUUCUGGGAGAUGAACCACUGGAGGCCAUCUCGUGCACACACACAGUAGCGGAACCUGAAACUCGACUCGGAAGGAUGGUUCACAGGGUUCUGGACUGCCGGUACCAGCCUGCCCAGCUCAACCCUCAGAUCAUGGCCCUGCAGCUACAGGAAGCCGAGAGCUGCAGACAGUCUGUGCUACAGCAAGUGGCCACUCUGUCUCGCCAGGAUGCACACAGGGACCAGCAGUCUGAGGCUACGCAGCGCAUGGAGGGUCGUUGGAGCGCCGCCCUGCUGGAUGCUUCAGCCACAGUGCAGGUCAAAGAGGCUCAGCACCUGCAGAUCACACAGUACCACCAGCAAACAGAGGCCCUGAGAGCCACCCUACAGAGAUUCACAGCAGAGCUGGAAAUGUUAAGCCUGGAUAAUUUGGGAAGCACUUCCAUUCAAGCUGAAAAAUUGCAGACAUUCCUGAAGUGCAUGGACCAGGAGAAGGGCAAGAUAGGAGAACUGCUGCAGACCUGCUGCCAGGUAUCUGCCCACCUCAGUGAGGCAGAUGGGCCUGUAGCACUCCUUGCUCAGGUAGAAGGCCUUCAAGAGGGGUGGCAGAUAUUACAGGGGACUGCGGACAGAACCCUGAGGCAUGCCAAUGCUUGCACAACUGAGGCCUCUGCUGUACUUCAAGGGGCCAAGGAGCUACUCUGCAAACUGGAGAACGUACAAACAUCCAUGGCUUCGUUACAGUCCUCAACAUCACUAUCAGAUUGCCAGAUGGCCAUACAGCUUACUGUGACAGCUUCAGAACUGAACACAGUUAAAGAGCAAUGCUUUAACCUUCUUGGGAUUUUUGAAGCAUUCAACCGAAGCUUUCUCGGGAAGAAGGAAAAGCAUGAAAUGGAAGAGGCCAUGCUGCACCUGAAGGCACAGUUGGAUCACACUCAGGAGCAGGUCUACAGCAAAACCACUCCUGUUAGUGACCCUUCAGUAGCUAAACUUAUUGAAGUGAUUGAAGACUUUCUUCCGUGGGCUAAACACGUAGAGCAACAAAUCGAAGCAAGGAGAAAAGUAGCCCUGUUCUGUGAACAUGCCCAUCACCAGCCUACCAACAUGAAGAGGCUCCAGUCAGAGGUUUCUGCCAGGCACACCAAAGUCAUGUCUGUAGUGGAGGAACAGAAGGCCUUACUCUCAGGCCUGAAGGAAGGUGAUGUUUCUGUAAUGUUGUCUUUAUUGGAGGAUUUAGAGGAUACCUAUCAAGUUAUUUCAGAGAAGGUCACUCAUGCAGUUGAGGAUUUUGACCAGGCACUACAGUCAAGAGAUAAGAUGUGGGGUCAGAUUUCAAAUGUCAAUACAUGGUUGAUGGCCCACAUAGAGAAGGAAAGUAGCAGGACCAAAGAUUCAAAGCUAAAGGCUAGCGUGGCAGACUUGAAGGUUGGACUACAGUGGCAUAGUGCUACCCUGAAAGAAGCAGAAAGACAAGCUGCUGUCAUCGACACCCUCCUGGAGCAAAGUGUGAUUAUAAUCCCCGACCUUAGCAUUGGAGAGAGCCAUCAUCUCAUUGACAGGCUUUCGAUCCUGCAAGCAGAGGUGUCAGGAGUCGCUAGCUGUGAGCGAGCUGCUUGCUGGGAACUGGAAGAACUUCUCCAUGCCCAGCAAGCCACAGCUGAAGAGCUGGCCACCAUCCAGAAGAGCCUAAAGCAGAUAUCUAUGGAUCUGGAAAGGCAAAGGUUCCCUGUGACUAGUGACUCUUUGUCUGCCAUUGAGCCACUGAGACACAUGCUGGUUGAGCACCAGUGCCAGGCCCAGGAGCUUCAGCACUGCCAGGAGUCUCAGAGGAAGGGGCUGCUGCAGACCAUCCACACCCUUCAGGCCAAGGCAAGGAUGCUUGAUAUCCAAGCCAGGGAACACGAGAAGUACCUGGGCUACAGGAAGCGCAUGGAGGACUCCAGGGAGGCGGUGAAGAGGAGGAUCCCACUGAUGAGCGAUCGGACAGUGGACUGGAGGGAGAGGCUGCAGGUCUGCAGGGCACUUCUGGUGGAGCUUCCCCUGGUAAAGCAACAGGGUCAGCAGGCUGCUGAUCAGCUGGAGGCCAUCUCAGGGGAUGUCUACCCAUCUCAGCUGACCUCCGAGCGGCAGAAAAUCCACCGCACAGUGGAGAACCUGGCCACCUGGGAAUUGACCAUUCACAACGAGCUUUGCAGCCUCGAGCGCAAGUUGUUAGAGGGACUCGAGUACCCAGCAGAUCUCACAGCUAUCGCUAACGUCUUUCACAAAGCCAGACAAGAACUUCAGCGAGCCGUCUGCCUAGAUCCCAACGAGCGAGCCAUUGUGGCUGAGUUGCAGAAGUGUUCAUUGCUUCAGAGGAGAUUGGAGUCCGGUUUGCGAGUGCUGGAGGCUUUGGAGCACAGGAAAGCAGCAGAGGCGGAAGCUCUGCGGGAACUGUCUCACUAUGGAAAGAAGAUCUCAAGAGAUUGUAAUAUCAGAAUGGACAACCUGUCUCAGGCUUGGGAGGCUCUGAAAGACUAUCGGUGGGCGGUCCAAGGAGCUGUCAGAUUCCUCGACGAUGCGGAGCCCAGGCUGCUGUUGGACCUGAGCGGCACCAGAGACUGCCAGGAGGAGAUGAGGGCCACUCAUCAGACCGUAGCUGCCCUCAGGGAUAGCUUCAAGGCUCAAGUGGACCGGCUAGGAAACCUGGUGCCCAAGCAGACUUGCUUUUCCACUGUGGAAACUCAGCAGCUUCACAUCCAGAUCUUAAGUCUGCUGUUGGUGAGAGAGGCCAUGCUGGAAGCCCAGGGCCAGCUAAGGAUGGAGGCUUUGAAGAGGUACGUUGAAGAGCAGAGUAUUCACAAGAAGCAACACUUGGAGAUUCAUGAAGUUUUUCAGAGCUUCGAAUCUCGUCUGAAUGAGUGCCUUUUGCAGAAAGCUACUUCAUUUAAAGAAUGCUUCGAACAGCAGGAGAAGGCCAAGGCCAUGCAAGAGGAGGUGUGGUGCCUGGCUGGCCGGCUGGAGCGGCUGAGAGGGGGCUGCCUGGCGCUGGGCUGCGGGGUGCCGGUGGAGCAGGGCCUGGCCCUGCUGUGGCGGCGGUGGGCCGGACUGAAGCGGCGGGUGGGAGUGCUGAGAGCGCACUUGGUGCAGAAGGACCAGGAGUGGAAAGACGCGGCCCAGAGUAUGGAGAGAUCCAGACUCGCCCUGGGGAGGCUGAGCGGGGAGCUGCCCGAUCCCGCUGCAGUGAGGUGUUCCCUGGAGGACCUGCAGGCCGUGCUGACGCUGUCCGAACACCAGCAAGAGGGGCUGGACCACGAGCAGAAGGCCCUAGCCUCCUCCCAGGCCCUUGUUGUCCGACUCCUCGGCCCCCCCUCACAACGGGACCCUGGGGAACCCAUCCAGAUCUGCGAGGAGCUGCAGAACCUCCAGAGCCACUGCAGGAGCCUCAGGGAGCAGUGCAUGCUGGUCCGACGGACGGCGCUGACGGAGAUCCAGAAGCGGGGUCGGGACCUGGAGGAGAUUGGCGGCGUCCGGCAGAGGGUGGCAUCCCUGCUCACACUACUGAAUGCCCACCGUGAUGCUCCUCACGUACAGGAGGCCAAGGAAGAGCUGAGUACCCAGCGUGCGAAACUCCAGGUGGUCGUCGAGGGCGUGAAGAAACGUUACCUGGAGGUGCCACAGGAUAUCCAGGUCCCACUAGAGGAAGUCACUCUCUCUCUGAAGGAAGUGGAGGAAAAGCUUGCAGUGGCCUCCCAGCAGACCAGCAGCCCCCAGCACAGACUGAGUGACCAGGUCAGAGAGGUCACUGUGGGACUGGGGAAGGUGCAGGUCCUGCUCCAGCAGAGCAGCUCCUCUGUGACAGAAGCUGAAGGCACACUGAAACGCGUGUGGGACAACCUGGACCAGUGGCACUCCCGGCUGGCUGUGCUGGAGUCUGAGGUGCAGGAGGUGGCCAUGGAGGCGCCGGAGAAGGCCCACGCCCUCAUGGACGAGCUCACUGACCCCCUGCAGCUCUACCAGAUAGUGGCCAAGCAGGCAGAGCAGAGGACAACCUUUCUGGGCAAGAUCCCAGCCUGUCUUCAGGAGCAUGAGGACUUGCUCAUCAGCGCAGCCCACUGGGAGGAUGAGGCAAAGGCGUGGCUGAACACCCCCCGCACAUACACCAGUGCUAGGUGUCUGCAUGACCACGCUGUCUCCCUUCAGAUGGUUCUGGAUGAUUCUGAGCGAAUCAGGGCAGCGCUGGACGCCUUUGUGCCUGUCAUGCAGGAGAUCUCACCUGUGUGUGACACGGACUCUAUGCAGGAGCGCCUGAGGAAGACCCUCCAACACGUCUCACACAUGCAGCAAAGCGUCCUGGAACCUCUCGCCCAGCUCCAACAUUUGUCAGAGGAGGUGGAUGCCAUGGAAGCAGAGGUCAAAACCAUGGAGAAGAACAUCACCAAGAUCAACGCCAUCUUAUCCAGCAUCGACGCAGAGAACGCACCUAGGGAGGAGCAGCUGCGAUACUGUCACGUGAUCCUGGAGAACAUCCGCUCCAUGAAGAGGACCCUCACCGAGAUCGAGCAUUACAGGACGGACCUGGGGCUGCCCAGCGGAGCCGAAGACACCCUGGUGGUUUUUCAGCGAAACCAGAACCUCCAGCAGCCCAUGCAGGAGCUGGAGGAGCGUACCCAGGAACAGAGCACCAUGCUGGAGGAAGCACUUGGGAUGUCCUUGGAGCCAAGUCAUGAUCAUAUUGCCCUCAAAGCAGAGGCAGCAUGGUUCCAUCCAGCUCUCCCCGCUCUCAGCAGUGAGGACCCAGAUGAAACAUUCAGAGAUGAUCAGGGUUUCGAAACAACUUCUCCCACAGUGGCCAUGGCAACUGUCACACAGGAUUCAACUCCCAGAGCCAGUCAGCUGGUAUCUAAGGAAACGGCCUCAGUAAUGGGGCCAUCUGAGGACAUCACUAAGGAGAUGGUAUCAUUAUCUUCAAAGGCACCAAUGACUUCUGUCAAAACCUGUGACAACACUGAGAGAGAGAGAGCUGCAGACAUUGGCGGUGACUUGAAGGCUAUUAAGCUUAUCAGUGAGGCGAAUGGGGAGGCCAGUACAGAGCCAGGAAGUGUUUUCAAGGAGCCUGAACCAGUUUUGAAAGAUUGGGAUUUCAAGGAUUUCCUAUCAGUAACUAAGGAACCCGGUUCUGAAAUAAUGGAGUCAAAAUCAGUUACCAUGGAGUGCCCAUCUAUUAUUGAUAAUGCUGAGGAAGUAACUAAGGAUUCAGCAUCAACAGCCAAGGAGUUAGCAUCAGUCACCAAGCAGCCAGACAGUGUUCUCUCUUCCCCUGUAAGCUUGGCUCCUGGUGGUAAACUAAUGGCAAAGACCAGUGUGACUGAACCUCAGAUGAAAUCAUCAGUGGUUGGUGGUGUACCCCAGGGUGUGCCAACAGAAUCACAGAGUGCCAGACUACUGCAUGGCCAGAACAUCUCUGCCUCCUCAGAGGCUACAGAGAGGAUUGCUGAACCACCUGAGACAUAUCCAACAGGCCUGACACAUCCCGACAUCAGGACAAGAGAGCCUGAGGAAGUCUCAAGUUUGGGUUUGCAGCAUGGCCUGAAGGAACCAGCGGAUCUGAGUCAGGAAGCUGUGAGCAGCACCGACAGCAGGGUGAAUGUCAAGAUGAUGGUUCCCAUCCAGCAAAAAGCUUCUGCAAGGCCACAGACUGCUGCUGAUAGUAUACCUGCCCAGCCUGAGGAGGGCGCUGCAGCCAAAGGAGAACUGGUACUCCUUCUCAGCAGCCUAUCAGGAAAGCAGGUCCUGGAGAGCCCAGUUUUCAUGUUACAGGAGGUCGUGACCGAACAAACUGACCCCAGCAGAGUCGCAGCAGACCAUCCCAGCCUUCAGAGUUCGUCUGGCAGAGAGUUGACCUCUCUGAUAGGUCGCACUGGGGCCGCCGGGUCAGACGUGGAGCUGCAGGCCUGUGCCGAGGCCCUCCUGAGGAAUCUGUCCACACUGCUGCAGCUGGGCAGCCAGCGUCUGCAACGCAGCCAGGACACCAAGCUUUGCAGUCGCAGCCAGCUGCAGCCUCUGCUCAGCAGACACAAGAAGUUCUUUCAGGAUGUGGGGCGCCAUUGGGCCGUGCUUCAGUGCAUGUCCCAGCGACUGCCACCAGGGGCGCUGCAGAGCCUGGCUGAGCUGGAGGAGCAGGUGGGAGCGCUGCAGAGACAAGCUGUGGACCAGGGCAGCCAGAUGCACAGAAACCUGCAGGAGUGGACCCAAUGGGAGGAGGCCAGUGGGAGGCUGGCCCGGUUGCUGGAUGAGCUAGAUGAGCUGGAGACCAGCAUGGCCAGCGAGGGCCCCCACCUGGAGCCCGAGGGCCAGCUGCAGGAGAGGGCCGCCGCCCACCAGCAACUGUGGCAGCUCCUGGAGGAGAGCAGGCCAGAGUUAGGACUGGUCUUAGAUCAGUGCCGGGUCCUUGGGAACAGGGGCUGCUACCCUCUGGGCGCGACCACCACUGUGCCGGGAUCAGGUCUGGAGCUGCGCUGGGCCUCGGUGCACAGGAGGCUACAGAUGGAGGAGACGCACUCAGAACAGAUCAGGAAGCAUUGGGACAGGUUCCAGAGAGACGUCCAGGCCCUGGAGGAGUGGUUGGCCAGAGCCAAGGAUCAGCUGCAGGCGUGGGGGUGCCGACCAGACUCGGAGCCCCAGGAACUCAGUUGGACCCAGCUUACUCAGCUCAUGGGCCUCUCUCAGCAGGCCGAGGUGCGCUGUGCCCAGUGGGCCUCUGCCCGUGACGUGGGCACGCAGCUGCUGCAGCUGAUGGACAGUGAGGCCCCGCACCUACAAGAACGCCUGGCACAGCUGGAGCAGAGCUGGGCAGACGUGACGUCCGCUCUGCCAGCGCUCCAGAGCUGGGUGAAACAGAUCCUGCCUGCACUGCCUCCCUGUGAACUGCUGUCACACCUCAGCGCUUGGCUGAGUAACAUGGAGAAGAGACUGGAGGAGGAGGAGGAGGAGGAGGAGGAAGGGGAGAAAUCCCACAAGGCCGUGGAUGCAGCCGGACACUCCAGCCGACUCAAGUGCUGCCAGGAUGGUAAAGCUGAGAUGUCCAGUCACCAGGCGUGCAUGGACCACCUGAGCCAGCUGGUGGAGGAGGCGGGGCAUGUGAAAAACGAGGCUGACAGGGCGGAGCGGACACACCUGGCUGAGCAGGUCGGAGCUCUUCACCUGCGCUGGCUACUGGUGCAGGCCAAGGCAGACCAUCAGUCUCGGCAGGCAGAGGACCUGCUGCAGGUGUGCAGUCAGAGGGAGGGUCGUCUGCGCCGUCUGCGCACCUGGGUGUCAGUGCAGAGGGAGCGGCUGAGUGGGUAUGAGACACCAGACAGCUGCUUCCACAUUGAGAUGGCCCUGAAGGAGCUUGAGGACAUUGAGGAGAGACUAAAGCUGAAGUCCACGGAGGUGCUGGAGUUGAAGGCCAUACGUUUGUCUGAAGAUCAGGAGCACCCCAGUGACCAGGCAUUCUAUGCCCAAGUGGAUGAUGUCCUGCAGGACCACGCUGUUCUUACCCAACAGGUGGAUACCAUCAGACCCUUCCUGCAGCAGGUCAGGGAUCAGUGGGUCGGGUUUGAGAGGGAGCUGGCAGAAGCCACGCUGGUCACCACCAGGACUCAGUACAGUCUGGGCCAGCAGCGGACACCAUGCCUGUACCUGCAGGAGAGCAGCAACCACAUGGACCAGAUGCAGGCCCUGCAGGAACAGGUAGAGAAGGGUAUGGAGCUGUGGUCGUCUGUGGACGGGACCCUCCUCAGCCUGAGCAAGAGAGUGAGCCCUGGUGCUGCCCGCCUCUUGACGGAGAGAGUAGAGACGCAGAGAGCACGGUGGGUGUCGGCAGUGGAGGCGACGAGGGAGGAGUGCCAGCGUAGCCAGGCGCAGCUGCAGCUCUGGCGGGAGUACGGACGUCUGACGGGCGUCUGCUCGAGCCGUCUCACCCAGCUCUGGGAGCAGUACAGGGGCCCAGCGGGUCAAACCCCUGCGGAUGGAGCGGGAGACCCCGCGGAGCACAUCCAAGCCAGCCUGGAGUCCAUCAGGGAUGUGGAGCUGGGAAUGGAGGGUUUGCAGGGCAGUGUUGGGGAUGUUCUAGAGGCGGCCAAGCUUCUCAUUGGCCAGAUAAAACCCCAAGGAGCGGCUUUGAUUCAAUCCGAGACCAGGUUAUUGUCACGUGACAUUGUCCACUUGGGCCAAGCACUUAUUAUGAGACGGGAACAUCUUCAGGAGGACUUGGACCAGUAUCAGAACUUCAGCAGCAGCCUGGAGUCUCUUGAGCUCCACCUCAGGGGCUUUGAGAGUGGGCUCCUCAGACCCAACUCCAACCUGGAUGACAUGAAGAGGGGUCUCCUGGAGCUGAGUGGCCUGGCCCCUGACUUGGGAGCUCUGAAUGAGCUGAGUCUCGGCCUCCGUCUCAGUGAGACAGCCGAGGGUCGGCUCAGGGCCCUCAACGGGCAGUGGCUGCAGGUCUUCACCCAGGCCACGGACAGAUACAGGGAGCUGUACGGCACGCAGCUGUCUACCCUGAGCUUUGAGCGGAGGUGUGAGGACUGGUUCGCCCUCCUGGAGAAGAUGGAGAGUGACCUGGCCACAGGCGUCUCUCCCACCCAGCCAGCCAUCCGAGAGCAGCUCACUCUUCACCAGAAGCUGAAGGUGGAGAUGUUUGCUGGGCAGCAGCUUCUCCAGUCAGUGGUCAGUGAGGCGCUGCAGCUCCUGGAGAGUGGUCCGUCCGGCGACAGUGGCUCCGUUGUUGGCGACUUUGUCUUUAGGUUGACGGAAAAUCAGGAGCGCUGGCAGGAAACCUUGCAAUUGGCCCAGAGGCGCAGCACGCUGCUGCAAGGGCUGAUGGGACGGUGGAGGCUCCUGUCCAGCGGUCAGAGGAGGCUCUGGAGGCUGCUGAGUGACCUGGAGACUCUACUGCCCCCUGCUGGUCUGGCGGCAUGUAGUCUACAUCAGCUCCGAGAUGUCAUACAUGACUUUGAGCGGGCUCAGGAGGAGCUCCAGGCCUACAGGGGGCGAUACGCCCAGGUGAUGGAGGCCGGAAGAGAGCUUGUCUCCAGGCUAGACGGACAGAACCAGAGCCAGAGCCGGACUCAGUGCCACGUGCAGGAGGACCUGGACACCCUGAGGAAGUCCUGGGAGGACACCCAAAGACUUCUGGGAGUCAGGAAGGCCCUGGCUGAAUCUGUCAUUCUGACGUGGAAGCGUUGUGAGGCAGGGCUAGCUGAUGGCGCACAAAAGCUGGAGGAGAUCAAAGCCAGACUGGAGCAGCCUCUGCCAGAGAAUCUGGAGGAGUUGCGCAAAGAGGAGACACUCUCCAAGGGGCACCAGGAGGCUCUGGAGGUGUGGGGAGGACGGCUGAGGGAGCUGGCCACCAUGAAGACGGACGCAUCGCAGUAUGUGCUGCCCGGGGACACCGCGCUGCUCCAGGCCCAGCUGGACCAGCUGAGCGGACACUGGGAGGAACUCUGCCUGAAGGUGUCCUUGCGUAAGCAGGAGAUCGGCGACCGCCUCCACGCCUGGGUCAUCUUCAACGAGAAGAACAAGGAGCUGUGCGAGUGGCUGGUGCAGAUGCAGGGCAAAGUGUCUCACAGCGGGAUGAACCUCAGCAUCGAGGAGAUGGUGGAGAAACUCAAGAAGGAUUGCAUGGAGGAGAUCAACCUCUUCAGUGACAAUAAGAGCCACCUUAAGCAGCUGGGCGAGCAGCUCCUGUCUGCCAGUGAUAAGACCAAGGAGGCGGAGAUCCACGGGACGCUCCGCGACGUCAACGCCCGCUGGCAGGACCUCUUCGAUCACAUCGAGGCCAGGGUGAAGAAGCUGAAGGAGACCCUGGUGACGGUGCAGCAGCUGGACGGCAGCAUGAACGGCCUGCGGACCUGGCUGAGCCACGUGGAGAACCAGCUGGCCCAACCCGUCCUCUACAGCGCCUGCCGCCGCGAGGAGAUCCAGAGGAGGCUGGCAGAGCAGCAGGAGCUGCAGUGGGACAUUGAGCAGCACACUGACAGCGUGACGUCGGUGCUGAAUCUGUGCGACACGCUACUGCGCAACGAGGACGCGUGCGAGAGCAGUGGCGGCGAUGACGAUGACGACGGUGACUCCAUCCAGCAGACCACACGCAGCCUAGACCAGCGCUGGAGGAACAUCUGCUCACUCUCACUGGAGAGGAGGCUCAGGAUUGAGGAGACGUGGAGGUUGUGGUGCAAGUUCAAGGACGACUACUCGCGCUUCGAGAACUGGCUGAAGGAGGCAGAGCACGUCGCCGCCAGCCCCAACUCAUCCGACGUCCUCUACGCCGACGCCAAGGAGGAGCUCAAGAGCUUUGAGGGGUUCCAGAGGGAGGUCCACGAGCGCCUCCCCCAGCUAGAGGUCAUCAACCACCAGUACCGGCAGUUGGCUCGGGAGAACCGCACCGACUCAGCCAGCCAGCUGAAGGCCAUGGUCCGCAUGAGCAACCAGCGCUGGGACGCGCUGCAGAGGAGGACGGCGGCCAUCUUGCGCAGGCUUAGGUACUUCACGGCCCAGAGGGAGGAGUUUGAGGGCACAAGGGAAGGCCUGCUGGUCUGGCUGACGGAGCUGGACCUCCAGCUGACCAACGUGGAGCACUUCUCUGAGAGCGACAUCCACGAGAAGCUCAAACGCCUCAAUGGCUUCCAGAAGGAGAUCACCCUGAACACCGACCGCAUCGACGCGCUCAUCGUGUUCGGCGAGGCGCUGAUCCAGUGCAGCUGCCCGCCGGACGCGGCGCACAUCGAGGACGAGCUGGUGGAGCUGCACACCUACUGCCAGGAGGUGUUCCGCCGCGCCGCCCGGUUCCACCAGCGCCUCACCAACCCGCACCCUGAGUUGAAGGAGGAGCCGGAGCUCCAGCAGGCCUCUGCAGGGCCGGUGCCUGGACAGGAUGCAUCCUCCGUGGGGGAGCCCUCCUCCGCCCGUCCCCCCGUCUGCCUGGUGGCUCCGCUCCUGGAGCGUUCGGGCCGGGAGACCCCCGUGAGCGUGGACUCCAUCCCCCUGGAGUGGGACCACACUGGGGAUGUCGGGGGCUCGUCCACGCAUGAGGAGGACAAGGAGGGGACGUACUACAGCACCCUCUCAGAUGUGGACGUGACUGAGAGUGCAGAGGCGUUCAUAAGGGCCACUGCCCCCUCGCUGGGAGAGACUUCGGGUCCAGGCAGGUCCCUGGCUGAGGCUCAGAUCUGGCACUCUCAAGACUCCCAACUGGACCUCACUGACAGCACCAGCCACACACCCACCCAAACCAGCACACCCUACAAACAGGGAUAUGUUCGUCUGAUGUCGGCGUGCAGCGGCAGCAUCAAGAGUGUGAAGCGCGUGUCUCUGAUCCUGGAUGACGAGGAGCAGCAGGAGGAGCAGGGCCUCACCGGCCUUACCACUGCAGACAAGCAGUCAGGAGUGAUUGAGCGCUGGGAGUUGUUGCAGGCUCAGGCCAUGAGCGAGGAGCUGCACAGCCAGAGAGACACCCAGCAGAUGACCUCUGACCUCAGUGACAUCACCGCCUGGCUGGGCCAGGUGACCCCUGAGCUGCAGCGACUGCAGAAGCCUGAGCCCGACGCCACCAUCCAGGCCAUGGAGGCCAAGGUCAGACAGCUCAAGGAGAUGCAGAAGACCUUUGCCCGCUACAAGGCCAUGAUGCUGUCUCUGAACCUGGGCGGCCAGCAGCAGGGUGAGAGCCCAGGGAGGCUGCAGGAGGCUCUGCGGUCCAUGAACCAGGGCUGGACGGAUGCCUGCGCCUACCUGGAGGACUGGGAGAGCAGCUUGCGCAUGACACUCAUGCGCUGCCAGGAGUUCCAUGAGACGCUGCACGCCCUGCUGCUGUGGCUGGCCCAUGCAGAGAGCAGACGCUACACCGUAAACAUCCACGACGAGUCCACCCCACUGGCCGUCCUACACGACCACAAGGCCACGCUAAAGGGCCUGGAGGAGGAGCUGCUGGUGCGCCAGAAGCAGGUGGGUUCAUUGCAGGAGCUCACAGCCCAGCUGCUGCCGGAGGCAGACGGGGAGGACAGCAUCGAGGCCCGAGAGAAGCUGCACGUCAUCGGCAACAAGCUACGCCUGUUACUGCGGCAGGUAGGCCAGGACCUCGGCACCCUGCAGAAGAGACAGGACUCUGCUGAACCCCUGCUACAGAGCAGGCAGCUGGCAAGACUCCCCGGAUCCAAGGAGCCCACGGAUGAAGCAGGAAGCAGACGGUCGUCAGCAGACGGCAGGGCGGAGAAGCGUGAUCCGUCCCCGCAGCGCUCCUUCUUCCAGCGCGUGCUCCGCGCCGCCUUCCCCCUGCACCUCCUCUUCCUGCUCCUGCUGGUGAUGGCCUGCCUGGUGCCGCUGUCCGAGGACGAUUACAGCUGCACGCUCGCCAACAACUUCGCCCGCUCCUUCUACCCCAUGCUGCGCUACACCAAUGGCCCACCGCCCACGUGACGCGCGCACACACACACACACACACACACAACACACACACACGUGUAUACACGUUAUGUGUAUAUAGUUAAGUGCACAAAAAUAAACACAUUAUCUAUAUACACACACACAAAUAUAGACUGAUACUCAAGCACAUAUGCAUGCACACACAUACACACACACACACACACACACACAAUGACCAAUUGGCUGGCCUGCUUCCAAAGCUGACCCAUCCAGACUUUCUGGCCUCUCCAAAGAGAGUAGAAGAGAACACUGCUACUGUCCCAAAAAAAGAGAGAGAGAACUUAUUUUUAAAACACCUGUUAUUUAUGCAUUUAAAUUUUUUGUAUUAUUUAUUCCCUGAGAGAGAAAAAAGCCAUACUACUGAAUUAACUUUGAUGUAACUUUUCUUCAGACACUUUGUGAGGAAUUUUGUAAUAAUUAAUGUUGUGCAAGCUUUAUCUAGCAAGGCUGAUUUUGUUUGUUUGUUUUAUUUGAAUUGGUUUUCUUUUGUAGCUCCAGUUCACUUCUAUCUGAAUCACUGACAGUAUAAAAAAAGCAACAUAAUUUUAUUGUAAUUGUGAAACGUGAAACAAGCACAGCAAGAACUAAGGUCCUGAUGUAGUUAUUUUAUUUUAUUUUCUGGAACUGCGGUGCCUGCUUCAUCCUCUUCUGUAGAUGCUGUAAAACAGAAGUGUGUUAAGAUGAAUGGGGCCACUGGUUAAUAACUAUGAUCUAGUGAUGGACAGGGACAUGAAAGAAACACGUCAUUUAUGAAUUUUGUUCUUUUAGCUGCGUUGUCACACAACUCAAACCUAUCUGAAGUCAUUUUCAUUUAUCACAGAUUGGAACUUGGUAUCUUUGUCUUAGUUCAAUAUACUGAGGUACAACAGUGUUUUCGCUUAGCGGCGAGCAGUUCAGCUUGGUUUCGUAUUUGAUGUAUGUCUGGUUUUGUUGUGUAAAUAGUAUUUCCUUGGUGACCAUGCAGGGCACUGUUGAGUGGGACGCCUUGGCCGUCACACACACACACACACACACACACACACACACACACACACACACACACACAAAAACGACUUUUGAAUGCCUAUUUAAGAGAGCAAUUGGUGUGUCCAGCAGCCAACAAUAAACAUGGUUUGUCAUUUUCAA